GUUGAGGUUAACUUGUGGCUUGGCAAUAGUGGGCAGUGACAAUUGUGUCAUUGAAAUAAUGUACUUGUGUAUCUAGUGAUAAAUAGCUACAUAUACGGUGCAAUUUACAAACCACCUGACUGCUGGUAGAAAAUUAUAUAGGACCAUUACAAUAUUGAAUAAAAAAUUAAAUAACUUUGUGUUUCUUUCAUAUAAUUUUGGAAUUAAUUUAUUAAAUUGCUUUGCAGUAUUACGUGAGUAUAACCUUGACGAGUUUGACCCUUGCAAAAAAUGGGUUCGUUAGUAAGGAAUGCAUUGACUCAGCUUAAAAGUAAAGAAUUUAGAGAUUAUUUGAUGAGCACACACUUUUGGGGUCCAGUAGCCAAUUGGGGUAUACCGUUAGCAGCGAUAGCCGAUACAAGGAAGGACCCCAGUUUUAUUAGUGGCAAAAUGACAUUUGCUCUUACACUGUAUUCAAUGAUGUUCAUGAGAUUCGCGUGGAGAGUCCAGCCCAGGAACCUUCUGCUCUUCGCGUGCCACUUCACCAACACCUGCGCCCAGUUGACACAGGGCGGGAGGUUCGUCAACUACCAUUACCUGCAGCGGGGGACGGCGACGGCAGAAUCGACGGAACCUGUUAAAUAAAAACGUGUAAAGUUAGCUAGAUGUACAUUUGGUGAGUUUGGAACUCACUUCUCAUCAAAGUAACUCAAUACAUGCAAGUUUAAAACUAGUUAAUAAAUGUAAUAUUUGAAGACAUGAAUGGAUGUCCCAGUUUCGGAUUAUUGCUUUUAUAUUUUUUUUUUAUUACUAUUAUAUCAGCCGCUAACAGAACACUGCUGAACAGAGACCGCCUCCCCAUAAGGGUUUUUUUUUAUACAACUUAGAAUGGCAAACAAGCUGACAGCCCACCUGAUGGAAAGUGGUAACCGUCGCCUAUAGACAUGAGCAGUACCAUGGACAUAACAGAGUAUAUUGUUAUACCCAUGAUAUCCCCCAUGCGUCAUUCCUGAGGACUCAGGUGUUAUUCCUUUGUAUCCUGUAAAUUUACGUCAUAUUCCACCCUCCAAACACAACUGCUUCACGGUAGAAAUACGAAUGGGACAGAGGUACCCAAGCAAUCGUCUUUUGUACAAAGUCUCCCUCUGGUGCCUGUAGUUGCCACGUUUGGUAGGUGGGUAAGCAACCGCAGUUGUGUUUUGCUGAUAUUUUAAAAAGGUACGCUGCUGUUCAUCCCUCGACCAUUCCCUUAGUGGCCUCUUACGACACCCUCAGAAAAGGUGGGGGUAGCCCAUUCUAUGCCGGGACUACACGCCAAUUACGUGCAUGCAUGAAAAUGUUAUGUGCGUACUAGCAAAUAUAACUCCUCUGUCCAUGCAUAUAAGAGCGAUAAUUCGAAAAUGCCACAUAUAAUUUUCACCUCCAUUCAUGUCUUCAUUUAAUUUUUGGGUGACAACUAUGAUUCAAUAUAGGCUAUAAUGCCAGGUUCAUAUGCCAGGAUAAAAAAAGUGGAUUUAUAAUGCCUAGGUAAUGACAGGAACAAAUUAUUUACUUGAUUAGUGACAAAUAUAUAGUAUAGUAGUAAAUAAAAUAAAUAAAUAAUUGACAUUGGAAUUAAAAGAACAUUCGUAUUACAUUCGAGAGUAGACCAGUGCGAGCAGCCAUCGUUCACGAGUAUGACGGUUGAACCAUCACUGUAUUCUACUAUUGGAAAGAGAGAUAAUAAUUCUAAAAAGAGAUAGAAAUUCAAAGUCAAAUAAAUAAAUUAUUUUUAUUUAAUAUUUAUUUAAAAUCAGCAGGCCUAAUUUGCUAGUCAGUAAUGUCUAUUUUGGACAGGUAAUGGCUGAUAUGAUGAUGAUGGUGAUGACGAUGAUGAUGAUGAACAUCUACUUAUAUAAUAUAUACUUAUAUUAAUGACUUAUCGCUUCAGAACCAAUCAUAUUUAAUAACUAUUAAAUCAUAUUUCAUUUAACGACUUUAAAGGUAUUACUUUUAAGACAGGUCUAAAGUAGUUUGUUGAAUAUGUAUAUUUAAGUAUUUUAUAAGCAGCCUCUAAUAUAUGUAUAUAUGUAUAUAUGUAU